AUGGAUUGGGGGACCCUGCACACUGUCAUUGGUGGUGUGAACAAGCACUCCACCAGCAUAGGGAAGGUGUGGAUCACAGUCAUCUUUAUUUUCCGAGUCAUGAUCCUUGUGGUGGCAGCCCAGGAAGUAUGGGGUGAUGAGCAGGAGGACUUUGUGUGCAACACUCUGCAGCCAGGGUGCAAGAAUGUCUGCUAUGACCACUUCUUCCCGGUAUCCCACAUCCGGCUCUGGGCCCUGCAGCUGAUCUUCGUGUCCACCCCAGCACUGCUGGUGGCCAUGCACGUAGCCUACUACAGACACGAAACUGCCCGUAAGUUUAUACGUGGGGAGAAGAGGAAUGAGUUUAAAGACCUGGAGGACAUCAAACGGCAGAAGGUGCGCAUCGAGGGCUCGCUGUGGUGGACAUACACCAGCAGCAUCUUCUUCCGAAUCAUCUUUGAAGCAGCCUUCAUGUAUGUGUUCUACUUCCUCUACAAUGGAUACCACCUGCCCUGGGUGCUGAAAUGCGGCAUUGAGCCCUGCCCCAACCUUGUGGACUGCUUUAUUUCGAGACCAACUGAGAAAACAGUGUUUACUGUUUUUAUGAUUUCCGCAUCUGUGAUUUGCAUGCUGCUCAAUGUGGCCGAGUUGUGCUACCUGUUGCUAAAACUGUGUUUCAGGAGAUCCAAAAGAACACAAGCACAGAGAAACCAUCCCAACCAUGCCCUGAAAGAGAGCAAGCAGAAUGAAAUAAACGAGCUGAUCUCAGACAGCGGUCAAAAUGCAAUCACAAGUUUCCCAAGUUAA